GAUGAAGUCUAUAAAUGACACAACUGCAACAGUUUACAGACACACACAUUAUCUCAUCCACAUUCUACAUCAAUUAUUGGCUGAAUUCAAGAAAGCACAUCAAGAGAAAAAGAUGUCCCGACGAUAUGACUGGGGAUACGCUGCUCACAAUGGUCCAGAUCAAUGGCCAGAUUUUUUCAAAUCUGCAAAAGGAGAUCGUCAGUCUCCCAUAGAACUUCACACCAGAUAUAUUAAACAAGACAGUAGCCUCCAGCCCUGGACGUCUUCCUAUGAUCCGGCAACAUCACUAACUAUAGUAAAUGAUGGGACAACAUUUCGUGUGGUCUUUGAUGAUUCUACAGACAAAUCAGUGCUUAAAGGUGGUCCGCUUACUGGAACCUACAGACUGAGGCAGCUCCAGUUUCACUGGGGAUCUACAGAUGACUAUGGAUCAGAGCAUGUUGUGGAUGGACUGAGAUAUGCCGGAGAGAUUCAUUUUAUUCAUUGGAAUUCAAAAUAUGACAAUAUUACAGAAGCCAAGAAGCAUCCCGAUGGAGUGGCUAUACUAGCGCUGUUUUUAAAGAUUGGAAAAGCUAAACCACAUCUGAAGUUAAUCCUAGAAGCUCUGGAUUGUAUAAAGACCAAGGGGAAAAAGGCCCAUUUUACAGAGUUUGACCCAACAAUUUUGUUUCCUGCAUCUCGAGAUUACUGGACAUAUCAGGGCUCUUUUACAACCCCCCCAUGUGAAGAAUGUGUCACCUGGCUACUACUGAGAGAGCCAAUCACUGUUAGCCCUGAACAGAUGGAGAAAUUCCGGAACCUUUAUUCAAGCUCUGAGGGAGAAAUUGCUUGUCACAUGGUAGACAACUAUCGCCCACCUCAACCUUUAAAAGGGAGAGAAGUCAGAGCCUCCUUUGACUAGGCUUCCUAUUAUUUUUGUUAAAACCAUCUGAUUUUGAGUUGUGAAAACAGAAUCGGAAUAUUAUGUAUGCAGCUAUGCUCUCAUAUUACUUUUAGAAUACUGUUCAGUCUUCUGUCUGACAAAGUGAAUAGAUCAUAACAAGGAAUAAAUGUACUCACGAGUA